AAAGAAUGGUAAGAACAAGGUUUGGAGAGAAGCCAAGAAACAAGCCUAUUUCUGUUAGAAUUGAGCAGGAGAACACUACUAUCGAAGUGCAGGGUAGCAUGCCUUCUUCGUUUCUGACUCACGUCAAGACUACCAAAGUUUCUCUCACUGGUAAGAUUGGAGAGGCCACUUCUAAAUCAGCCGCUGAAGCAGGUUAAGUAUACUGUCCUUCCAGGAUAUCACUGAGCUGCUUUCGGUUGCAUCUUGCAAAGGCCCCCAUUGGGCAGCUGAUCACUCUCAGCAGUAAGUCCAUUUUAUCAGGAUGGCGGAUAUUCAUGGCAGCAUUGUAGAAAACGGUGUCACGAGUAGAGGGAAAUCUAGGAAUGACUUUAUCAUCCUCGAGCAGCAUUUGUGGGUCAGCAGUGAAGUUGUCAAGGUUCUCCAGAAGGGGCUUGAUGUACUCAUGCAGAGUCAGGUUUAUCCAAUGGUUUUAAGUGAAAUAGGUCUCAUCUAUAAAAAAAUGAUGUUCUUGAUGAGACUGAACGCUCCCCGGAGGCGUAUGCAGAUUGCUCGUGAUGUACCAUCGAGUGUGUUUGAGGAGGUCCGUCUACUCAUGACAACAAAUUCCUACCGGACCCAAGAAACAUCAACCAGGACCACGACCACUUUGACCAUCACCAGCAGAGAGAAGAUUGAGGUCAUGUUUAACUUCUGGGGGAGGGACGAGGGCCUUAAUCGGAGAGACCUCCUGAGAAAGAGCGAUAAGAAGGGAAACAAGAUGAAUGUAGUGGUCGACGAGAGGCACCCAUUUACUCUGCGGUACAACCAGACAAGCAAGAGGCUUUUCGUAACUGCCGAUUACGAGGUUUUCAAUAAAUAUGGUGUUGCCCAGUAA